AUGUCGAAGAAGCACGUCAAGCUCUCCGCAGGCUUCAACGUCGACGCCUCAAACUACUACCAGCGAACAGUCAACAACAACACCGGCGAGACCAAGGUUUUCAGCCAGGAUCAGCCCGUCACCGGCACAGCUAAAGUCACCAUUACCAACAAGCCCCUUAAGCUUGAGCACAGCUGUACUUCCGGGCCGAACCAUACCGAGCACCACUCAUCGUGGACACCCAAGACUGAGAAAGAGUCACACACCUCCUCAAACGAGGCAAAGAAGGCCAUGUCCGAUCUUAAACCCCUCCGCAUCGCCCUCGGCUGCGACGACGCCGGCGUCAGCUACAAGAACACUAUCAAAGCCGACUUCGAGAAUAACGAUCUGGUGUCGUCGGUAACAGACGUUGGCGUCGACGCAAACCACGACAAAACCGCCUACCCUCAUAUCGCCGUCGACGCGGCGAAGUUGGUCAGUCAGGGCAAGGCGGAUCGCGCUCUCCUGAUAUGUGGCACUGGGCUGGGCGUCGCUAUCAGUGCCAACAAGGUUCCCGGCGUCCGUGCUGUUACGGCGCACGACAGCUUCAGCGUCGAGAGGGCGAUCCUGAGCAACGACGCCCAAGUACUCUGCAUGGGUGAGAGGGUAGUUGGUUUGGAGGUUGCGCGGCGAUUGGCCAAGGAGUGGCUGGGCUAUCGGUUUGACCCAUCAAGCGCGAGUGCUCAGAAGGUACAGGCCAUCACUGACCACGAGAAAAAAAACUUUGAAUUGCAGUAG